GUUUGUACAAAACCGCACUGAAGACAUCAGGAAGAUUUGCUUUCACUGAUUUACACUGCAAUACUUAAAGCACAGAAUCAAGACUAAUGCAUUCAUGUGAAUUUACUGUAUUUGAGUACAUGUACUUUUGUCGCGUUUAUUAUCCAUUAACCGUUAUCUUGUCUGGGAUCUGAAUACGCUAAUUGCACACCUAAUAAAACAAAAUUAUGCUAAUUCGUUUCUACGGGUUGCGCUUACUUAUUGUGUCUCCUUUUCGAUAUCAACUACACAACAGUACAAUGGCUCAAGAAAUUAUCAAUGUAAACUCAUUUAUUCGUGGAUAUCAUGAAUACCAGGAUGAAUGGGAACCGACGCUGGGCGAUGUUUAUAAACUCAUGCGUGAACCAGACAAUGUCAAAGACUCGAAUGCUGUAGCCGUCGUAAAAGAAAAAUCCGGAGAAGUAGCGCCACCUUCGACAUCAACUGCUAAUUCCCAUCCAAACAAUGUCACUGACAAAUUCGAAGUUAUUGGUCAUAUUCCGAAACUAAUGGCUAUAUGGGUAAGCAAGUUCCUAAAGAGGCCUACCAACUGUGGAAAAGUAGUCAUCAAGGGAAAACGGGUCAACAGAGGUGGUGGUUUUGGACUUGAGAUUCCAUGUGAAUAUAACUUCGAGGGUGACAGUUUCUCGACAAAGUGGUUAAAGGCUAAGUUAAUCAAGGAAGAAUUUCUUCAAUAAUCCAAUAAAGUUAAUCUUUUAUCGAAAUUUGUCUGAUUCGUGUCAUAAUACACCAAAUUUGUAGGCAGUCAGUUUUUAGCUGUCCGCUUAAUAGAGGUGAAAUACAAUGGAAGUUUACCAAUUGGGACGUCCAUAUGGUGUCCGCGUCCGCUUAAUAGAGGUGACCGCUUAAUAGAGGUCAGAUUUACAGUAAACAUUAGGGGAAAAAUUCGGGACUUAAACAAAUGUCCGUUGAAUAGAGGGUGUCCGCUUAAUAGAGGUCCGCUUAA